GACCGAGCCGGCAAGAUGGCGGCAGCCAGUUACUUGCUGGAAUCCCAGGAGCAUUUCAAAAAUAACGGCCGCACCAAGGAAUUCUCGGCCCAUACGGCCAAGGUGCACUCGGUGGCUUGGAGCUGCGAUGGACGCAGGCUCGCGUCUGGCUCCUUCGACAAAACAGCUAGUGUGUUUGUGCUAGAGAAGGAUCGGCUGGUUAAGGAGAAUAAUUAUCGUGGUCAUGGUGACAGUGUGGAUCAACUUUGUUGGCACCCAACCAAUGCAGAUCUCUUUGUAACUGCCUCUGGUGACAAAACGGUUAGAAUCUGGGAUGUCCGAACUGCAAAAUGCGUUGCUACUGUGAACACGAAAGGUGAGAACAUUAAUAUAUGCUGGAGUCCUGAUGGCCAAACAAUUGCUGUGGGAAAUAAAGAUGAUGUGGUGACUUUUAUUGAUGCAAAAUCACACCGAUCAAAGGCUGAAGAACAGUUUAAGUUUGAAGUGAAUGAGAUCUCCUGGAACAAUGAUAAUGAUAUGUUUUUUCUAACCAACGGCAAUGGCUGCAUCAACUUACUCAGUUAUCCAGAGUUGAAACCGAUUCAGUCGAUCAACGCACAUCCUUCAAAUUGCAUCUGUAUUAAGUUUGAUCCAACAGGCAAAUACUUUGCCACAGGGAGUGCUGAUGCUCUGGUUAGUCUUUGGAGUGUGGAUGAGCUCGUCUGUGUAAGAUGCUUCUCCAGACUUGACUGGCCUGUGAGAACAUUGAGCUUCAGCCAUGAUGGAAAAAUGCUGGCAUCUGCUUCAGAGGAUCACUUCAUUGACAUUGCAGAAGUAGAAACUGGUGAGAAACUAUGGGAGGUGCAGUGUGACUCACCUACUUUCACUGUAGCAUGGCAUCCGAAACGACCACUCUUAGCUUUUGCUUGUGAUGAUAAAGAUGGCAAGUAUGAUAGCAGUCGGGAAGCUGGAACAGUUAAACUCUUUGGUCUUCCUAAUGACUCUUAAUAUGAGACGGAAAGUAUGUUCAGCUGCAGUGUGCAUUAACAAUGGCUUUCGUUAUGGACCAAGACAGUAUGAAUUCCAUUCUUAGAGAUCCUUUGUAGGAAAUUAUUUUUACAUUUGUACCCUGUAAUUUGAACUUCAACUGAUGGAAAACCGAAACCAGCUAAUCAAUUAAAUUUGAAAUGUUUUGUUUAAAAAUAUAUUUAGACAAACAUUGUAUGAAUGUAACCUCUACAGGUUUUGCAUUUGAUUAAUAAAAAGGCUUGAAAUUUGGGAUUA